AUGGUAUUCACAACAGAGAAAACGGCAAGUCUCACUUUCCAGAUCAUGCAACUAUGUGCUGGCUUCUGUCUGGUUUAUGUGGUGAUUAAAUCCACCCAGUUAUAUUUCAAGAGACAAAAAUUGCUCAAAACUUUGGAGAGUUUCCCAGGUCCUCCCAGCCAUUGGCUCUAUGGUAAUAUCCAUCAGGUAAGCAAAAAGAUACAGUAUAUGUGUGUGGAUAAUUGAACUUGGAAAAGAUGCUAGAUUUGGGUGAAAUUUGGGUAUAAUGGGGACACAGUUUGACUUGUGUUUUAAAGACUUUUAAAUUGGUCUCUUUUUAAUGUAUUUUUAUUAAAGAUUUCUUGGUUUGCAAAGUAUGUGCAAUGUCUCUUUUUUCAAGUUACAUUUUCCGCAGGUCAGUUUCAUCUGUUGAGACAUUAGUGUUACAUUAGGAAGAAAAGGGGGGAAGAGGUGGAGGGGGCCAUGGUGGGUGGGGGUGGGGUCAGGUGGCAAUGUUUCUAUUUUAAAUUGGUCCCUUACAUUACUGGAAUUGUUGUUUAUGAGUGGUUGUGGCUUCCCUGAAUCUAUCAAACGGACAGGCUUCUUCAAACACUAGCAAGCAUUUAUGAAAAACAACACCUGUAUACGGAGAGACUGUGCAUGGAAACUGGCAGACCUCUUUGAGAUGUGCUUGGUAUCCCAUUCAUUUCCUACUGAAGAGAAUUAGGUAGAUGAAAGUUCUCAAAUCAUUUCCCCAGCUUAGGUCACGUGUCGCACUUGAAAGAGACGGGAGUGCAACUAAAAAUGGAAAUCCUAUCACUGCAGAUCACCAGUCAUGCAGAGGACCAGAACAUGAUGGAGAAGUGGGCUGAAAAAUUCCCUUACGCUUUCCCCAGAUGGUUUGGGGGCUUUGUUCCUGCUGUAGUUAUCACUCACCCUGAUUACGCCAAAACUUUAUUUAGCAGAAACGGUAAGUGUGUUUCAUUGAGGAUAAUUCAUUUUUUAUAUGUAGGGUGGCCAUUUGUGCAUCAACAAAAAUGAGGACAUGCAUAAAACUUGCAUGUGCAACUUUAGAAAUAAUUACGAUAAUUUAAAUAGAAACACAUUUUGCCAUAGUGGGGGAAAAUUGUGACCAGGAGAAUUAUGUGUCUGCUCAGUCUGCUAUCCGGGUGCUAACUAAUUGCUAACUUCCUGCUCUCUCUUCUUAAGAUUCUUUGUCCUUAAACCACAUUUGGACCAGAGAGCUGUUUAAACAGAGCUUGCUUUCAAAUAGAGGACUAUCCUCUGUAACAACAUGGCCAUUUUAUUAAUAAGUUUUAAUGUUUGUUGUUUUUUAUUAUUAUGUUUUUAGUAUUUUGUUGGAAGCUGUCCAGAGUGGCUGGGGUAAUCCAGUCAGCUGGGUGGGGUAGAAAUAAUAAAAUUAUAAUGUUGUUGAUGAUGAUGCACCUAUAGAUAUAGAAUGUUCUAGAGAACAUGCUCCAGACUCUGCUUCAUUUUAUGAACAUGUGCCUAUAAUACUAAUACUAAUAAUUAAUUGAUACAGUAAACACCCCAUUUAUGCACAUUUAAUAUGUGUGCAACUGUGCACAUGCACACUGCGCCGAACCCAGAAGUAACCUGAGAAUAUCACAAAACGGUCACAAAAGGGGUGGUGUGGAACGGGGUGUUUGCUGUUUCAAAGGUACCCAGUUUCACUUAAUUGCACAAUGCCUUGGAAUGUAACCUCCGUGUAAAUGGGGUGCUUGUGCGUGUUUUGCCUGUACCCCACCUUUCCCCCUGAUCAGUAAGUUCAAGGGGACUUACUGAUAAAAACAAAAACCGAUAUGAAUCUUAAUCACAGAUAAAAGAUUUCUAAAACCUUUAUGUGGUUAGAUUAAUGGAUGUGGAAUUGCCAUGAUAAGGAAAUGUCUCACAAGGCAUGUAUCACAGAGGAGGAAUACCACAGGCCUUAGACAUGGCUUGCCAUAGCACAUAAAAAGGUAAAGGGACCCCUGACCGUUAGGUCCAGUCGUGACCGACGCUGGGGUUGCGGUGCUCAUCUCACUUUAUUGGCCAAGGGAGCCAGGGUCAUGUGGCCAGCAUGACUAAGCCGCUUCUGGCGAACCAGAGCAGCGCACGGAAACGCCAUUUACCUUCCCACCGGAGUGGUACCUAUUUAUCUACUUGCACUUUGACAUGCUUUCAAACUGCUAGGUUGGCAGGAGCUGGGACCGAGCAACGGGAGCUCACCCCGUCGCGGGGAUUCAAACUGCCGACCUUCUGAUCGGCAAGCCCUAGGCUCUGUGGUUUAACCCACAGCGCCACCCGCAUCCUGCCAUAGCACAUACAUACAUCUAAAUAAUACUGAUUGCCAUGCGAAACGUGUAAAUUUUUGUGGCUCAAGUUUACUGUGUCUCUCAUCUUUUCAUUAAAAAAACACACAAUUUAACAGAUUUCCAACAUGAGUGCUGAAAAUGUUAACUCUUGCUGUAAAUUUAAAUUUGUGACACUGAUUGGUAUGUUUGACUUUUCUAAUUUUCUAGAUCCUAAAGCUAAAGAUAUCUAUGAGCCCUUGCUUCCUUGGAUUGGUAUGUGUACGAGUUACUUGUCUACGCAUCGUUGUCAUUUACAGAAUACAAGGGCGUUGCAAUCUUAACUGUCACCCAAGCCUUAACUUGAUUCAAUUUUGGAGAGUUUUAAUUCUCCUUUCAGGAGGAAUGGCUGGGGAAGUGACGCAUUCCCCUCUCGACAGCCGUGUCACCACCACUUAGGGGUAUGGUACCAUGGUAUGGGGCAUGGCGAUGGCAUUGUUUGGGUUCCAUGGGUGUUCCUGCUGGUCUGGAUAUGUAGUAUGAACUUCACUACCCCGUGCCUUGUCCCCAUCCCAAUACUGUCCCACAUGACAAAGAUUUUAGUCAUAUGGUACUGAUUUUAUGGGCAGUUGCACCUAGGUUUGUAAUGUGCUACUUGUCUAAGGGAUGAAUUUAAGGAUUAUCCCAUAUAGCCCAAUGGUUGCCAUCAAUUUGAUCUGAAUUAAUUUUAUAAUGAAAUGAUUUUAGAAUGUUGUAUUAUUUUAUUGUUGUUAGCCGCCCUGAGCCCGGCUUCGGCUGGGGAGGACGGGAUAUAAAUAAAAUUAUUAUUAUUAUUAUUAUUAUUAUUAUUAUUAUUAUUAUUAUAUCAUGGCACCACAGCCUAACAUUAGCUAAUACCAAUCCAUUCAUCUCUUUUUCUGCAUAAUAAUAAUAAUAAUAAUAAUACAUUUAUUGUCAUUGUACAACCUGUGUACAAUGAAAUUUAAUGAUCCUACCCCCCAAACACUCAAUCUCUUAUUCAACAACACACCACCAUGCAAGUCAAUUUCGCUAUGUUCUUUUUCAUUCAACAGCCUAACAGCCCACAGAUAGAAGCUAUUUUUUAGCUUGUUGGUACGGCUGAUUAUACUUCUAUAUGUCCUGCCAGAGGGUAGAAGAUUAAAGAGGUGAUAGCCGGGGUGUGAGUCAUCCCUGAGAAUUUUUCUCACUCUCCUAAGGCAACGAUCCCUUGCGAUGUCAUCUAGCGGACUCAAGGGACAGCCCAUGAUGCAUUUUGCAUAGAACAUAAUGGAUUUAUGAUAUUUGGUAUCUCUUCUCUCUGCAAUUUUUUGUUUCAUAGCUCUUAUUGGUAUUUUGACGACAAACCUAAGUUUCUUUCUUCUGGCAUUUCCUACAUCUCUUGUUAUUGCUGUUACAUAGUUCUUGGAGUCAUUGGCUUUUUCCCACUGAUGAAUUCUAUAGCAAUUAAACAGUAUUCCACAGAUCAGUGGGAGGUUCUUGCUACUUAGUACUAUGCACUGCAUAAAGGUGCAAAGGAAAAUGACAUUUUCUUUAUGUUAACGAAGUUCUCUAGAAUCAAUCUGUGAAUAUGCUACAGCCCACAAAUUGCUUUCUUAGGCUGCGAUCUCAUGCACAUUUCCCAUGAGUAAGACCCACUGAACACUUUGAAUUAUGGUGCUGGAGGAGAGUCCCAUUGACUGCAAGAAGAUCAAACCUAUCCAUUCUUAAGGAAAUCAGCUCUGAGUGCUCACUGGAAGGACAAAUCCUAAAGCUGAGGCUCCAACACUUUGGCCACCUCAUGAGAAGAGAAGACUCCCUGGAAAAGACCCUGAUGUUGGGAAAGAUUGAGGGCACAAGGAGAAGGGGACGACAGAGGAUGAGAUGGUUGGACAGUGUUCUCGAAGCUACUGACAUGAGUUUGACCAAACUGUGGGAGGCAGUGGAAGACAGGAGUGCCUGGCGUGCUCUGGUCCAUGGGGUCACGAAGAGUUGGACACAACUAAACGACUAAACAACAACAACAACAAACAUACUGAGCUUUGCACUGUGCAAAUAUCUUUGCAAGAGGAUUUGAAAAAUCAAAGGGGACAAAUCAUGGCAAGAGUGGGUGUAAUAACAUGAAUCCUUUGCUAUGUACACUCUAACUAGUCUAUUGCUAUUUGUACCCAUAGGGAGAGGACUGCUUGUCUUAAAUGGACCCAAGUGGCACCAGCACAGGCGAUUGCUAACACCAGCUUUCCACUAUGACAUUUUGAAACCCUAUGUGGCACAAAUUGCAGAUUCAGUCAAAGUUAUGCUGGUAAUUAACCUAUUAUCCCAUUGCAAAAGAAAUGAUAUUAUAAAUACUCAAUUCUGUAUCAGUUAUUACUGGGAAGAAUUACCCCAGUCCAGUUUGUGUGUGUAUUCAGCCAAAUGGUAGCAUGUUAUUCAAAAUACUGAGCUCUGUCAAUGAAAUAAUGGAGACUAUGCCUUAUCACUUCCAUGAGUUCUGUGCCCAGGCACCUUAGACAUGACCCGCAUUCCUCCACAUGGUUGCCAGCAGAGAAGUCUGUCUUUGCUUUGAAUUUCCAAAGACUCAUCUGUACCAUGUGUAUUGCAUGAUUCCCCCCUACAUUUCAUAUACAGUGCAGUAGCAAUUUGUGCACAAGUAGCCCCAUGGUCAUCCUGAAACAUAGUUGCACAAAAGAACCUAGAAAUCUGUUGCACACAUAUAUAAUGAGAACUCAGCAUAUUGCAUUUUUAAAGCAUUAGGAGUUGUAUCCCAUGAGAUUACCUUACAGUGCUCCUGACAUGAUAUAUAUUAUCAUAGCAACCACCAGUCACACUCAUCUGUGGCACAAAUCCAGUGGCAUUGCUGUACACUAGCUCACAGGCGCAUGGCUUGGUGCAUGUUGCACAAGGGCACUUCACAUUGCUACACAGGCGCAAUGAAACUGAAGAAGGGAUUUGGGAAAUAUCAGAUAUGAUGCUUUCAAAGCACUUCCACCUUUAAGGAAAAGAUACAGAGCUUUCAGGCGGUGGGUGGUACUCAAUGGAGUGCAAAAGCAAAUAUUCUGCCUACACAAGGAUUUCUCCUAGGGCAAUGGAACAUUCUCAUCCUCUCCACCCCUGCCUUAAAUUCCCCCAACCAUUUGUAGCAGACUUGGGGAUGAUUCAGGAAAUGUACAGGGGGAGGAGAGUAGUCGUUGUUCUAGCAUGAUUAUUUACUUGAAUACUGCCCAAAGCAAGCAACUUAAGCUUCCUCACCUGUUUCUCACAUCAGGAUAAAUGGGAGAAGCUGAUUGCAGAGGACCCCACAAAGUCUUUGGAGAUGUUUGACCAUGUCAGUUUAAUGACUCUUGACAGCAUCAUGAAAUGUGCAUUCAGUUACAAGAGUGGCUGUCAGACGGACAAGUUAGUACUGUCAAAUUAAUACUAUUGAAGGUUCUUGGUGGCAUGGCCCAUAUCUGUUUGUCUGAAAUAUUCCAUUUUUCUUUUCCUCCAGAGAGCAGGAUUAUUAUGUCAAUGCUGUGCAAGAUAUGACUCUCCUAGUGUUUCAGAGAGUCACCUCAGCAUUUCUGCGGAAUCAGCUCAUCUAUUCAUGCACCCCAUCAGGACAGCACUUUAAGGAAGCCUGCAGCUUGGCACAUCAUCAUACAGGUAUCUUACAGACAUUGGCAGAUUCUUCUCUUCUUCCUAUGCAAGCUUUACCGAAAUGGACUACUAUAAGCAAGUCCUUUGGUUCAACAGGAUAUCUAACUGAUAAUGAGUGGCAUAGGAGCCAACUCCUAGGAGCUUCCAGUGAAAACUCUGAGGGGGCUCCCCCACCAAAUACAUAGGCAUCGCCAUUCAAGUGGUGUGCGUGAGCCACAUCAUGUGACUGAUUAUGUGCAGCGGGGCUUACCUGCUGGCGCCCGUGGUGAGUGGUGCCGAGGGUGGUCCCAACUGUGCAAGAGCUAAUAGCUCUGUCCUUUAUCCAUUGCUUGAUGCUGAAAAUCGGUAGUGUUGGGAUUUAAGCAAACCUGCCUGAGAGCAUCUAAGCUGAAAGUUCUGGAAUCUCUUUCUCAAAUACUCUUUCGUACAGGGUCACUAAGUGCAGGAAAAGGGUCUCUGCUGGUGUUCAAGAGCACCUCUUCAUUGUUGCUUUAUAAGUUCUCCAAAAUUAUGCAGAAAGACAACUCAACCUUUGUAACCAGUAUAAAUUAUGCAAUUUAAGGACAUUGCCAUAUUUUAGCAUAAUUUACACUGCAAUCCAGUACAUGUCUACUCAGAAAUAAAACCCAUGGCAUUCAAUGGGAUGCUAUCAGGUAAAUGAAUAUAAGACUGCAAUCUUAUUUUCCUUCUGGUACUCAUGGGAACAAGCCUUGCUACUCCUUGAGCAUCUAGCAUCCUCUGUCCAGCCCUAAUAAGGCUUCAGUGUCCAGGGAGAUUAUCUGCAAUCAGAUGGCACCUGCUAAAUUACAGUUGGACCUAAUGCAACAUUUUAGGGUGCAAUUCAUACCCUCAUGCUGGGAGAGCUGGAUGGGACAGAGGUCUCCCUCCACCCUUGACGGGGUGUAAGCAUCACUCCACUGGUAUCCACAGGAUCCCAUGCCAGUCCCACUUGAUAGCCUCAGGCCCAGUCACUGGGUCAACUGCAGUCAGGUGUAACCCAAAUCAGGCUUCUGCCUUGUGCUUGAAGGAUGGCUGUGGAUACCAUGGUGGCUCAUGACUCUCUCAUGCCCCUCCAUUGCCUGAUUGCACUGCCAGUUGUAUAGUAGCUGCAUUUUAAAGUAACCUUCAUUUUGGAUAUUUUAAAAUAUUUGCCACCUGCCCUGAACUCAAGGGGUAAUAUGGGGUUAAAGAAAUAACGAGAAAGAAAUGUGAUAUGCUGAUGUAAUUUUAUUUUGUAAUGGUAGAAAAAGUAAUUGCAGAGAGGAAGGAAUCACUUAAGAAUGAAAGGGAACUUGAGAAGAUCCAGAAGAAGCGACGCUUGGAUUUUUUGGACAUUCUUCUUUGUGCCAAAGUAAGUAUUUAUAUGAAGCACUUUAGCAUCCUCUACCUUACACAUCUUUUACAACUGGCUCACAAAGCAAACAGCUGGCCAGAUAUUUGAUUAAAUAUAGUUCACCUUGAUCUUCUCUUUAAGAAUUGCACAGAAAGGACAUUUUUACCAGGUCCAUUACUGUAGUACUAAUGAUGGGAAAAGGUGACAACUCUGCCUCUACUUUUCAGGGGACUACAGAAGUGUCAGCUUCCCCUUUGUCAUCCUUUUGUAUCAUUUUAUGGGCCUUUUGAGUCCACAAGAGUUACAGAUUGGGGGGAAAUGGACAGUGAGGUUCAACUGCAAAAUUGUUAAUCAUGGCAAAACCAGAUGGCCGUGGUCACUUCCUGCUCAAGACACGGAGGAAUAAUCCACUAUGUGGGCCACUGAAGCAGAAGCCAAUCUGUAGAACAAAUCUAAAAAUUCCAUUACUGUGACACUUUUUGGUCUGGCGUUUUCAUUUACAUUUCCUCUUCAUGUCUAUUGAUAUAAAACACAACCACACUAUUUUUCUUUGAACUCUCGAGUUAGCUGCUGAUUACCUAUCCCCUAUUUUGUCAGGAUGAAAACGGAGCUGGGUUGUCUGAUGAAGACCUGCGCGCUGAAGUGGACACUUUCAUGUUUGCAGGCCACGAUACUACAGCCAGUGGAAUCUCCUGGAUCCUACAUUCUAUGGCUCAGCACCCAGAGCACCAGCAGAAAUGUAGAGAAGAAAUCAAAGACAUUCUUGGGGAUCGGGAGGACAUCCAUUGGUGAGAUCAGUAUUGUUUGCCUUUGAUCCCCCACCCCCGAGUGACUUAAACUGAGGGCCAAACUUGAAAACCUUGAGAAGAACAUUAUGGAAAGUCUUCCUACUCUUUUUAAAAACAACAACAGCAGCAACAACAACAACUGAAAAGCAGCUGGGGGAGGCUGCCAGUUUCAGAAAAGGAAAGUUGGGUGGGAGGCACUUCUUAAUCCAUGGGUGGGGAAUUUCCCACCCAUGGGCUUUCCAUUUUGGCCUUUGAAGCCAUUCUGCCUAGGCCAGAUCAACCUGUUACUCACCUGACAUCAUCCCCCAAAUCCCCAAGAACUCAACUAAGAUAUGUGAUAUGAACUCUCUCCAGUGACCACUUGAGUUAGUGGUUUUUAUUCCCAUUAUACAAGGUGGUAGACAUAGCUGCCAACUCCUUGGGGCCCUGGGUGCCUGAGCAACCAUAAUAUUCCCCAUGAAGGUGCCAGGCACCCACAAAUUUUGGUGCUAGGGCCAUGCACACUGCAUGGCACCCAUGGCCCUUGGCACCUAUGGUCACGGGGCCAAGCUGCCACUCCUGGUGGUGGAAGGGGGGGAAAAACCCCAUGCCUGGACAUUUGAUAAGGUUAACAGAAUGCUUUCCAGAUAUUGCACUGCUAUCAACACCCAGUGUUUUGCCAGCAGAAAGAUGAAUGGCUUUAUUUGCAACUUUCAGGGAUGAUCUUGGUAAGAUGACCUAUACCACAAUGUGCAUAAAGGAGAGUCUCCGACUAAAUUCUCCAGUUCCGGUAGUGUCCCGACAGCUGAGCAAACCCAUUACUUUUUUUGAUGGACGCACAUUACCUGAAGGUUUGCAUAUUUUCUUUAAGAGCGAAGUUCUGUUUUUCAUUCCCUUCUACUCACUGUAGAACUCCUAACCCUGAAAUUAGAUUGCAGCUCAGAACUUCAGUAUAAAUCCAGGGUGACUAGACUGCGAGACUUCAGAUGUUGCUGGACUGCCACCUUCCAUAAGCUGCAUCCAUUAUGGCCAGCCAUCAUAGGGGUUGCAAACUAACCAGAACUGGAGGUCCGCAGAUUAGCUACUACUAUCAUAGUAAUACUGACUGAACUUCAGCAAUUCCAGCUGAUUUCAGAUAUCCCCAAGAAGCACCAAAAGAGGAAGUGCAAAUAAAUAUAGAUAAUUUCUUCAAUCACCACUUGGUUGGUAACAUAGCAAUGGACAACUUGUCUAAGGCCCUGUCAUGGACUGGGCAGAGGAGGAAUGGUGGAGACUGCUUCCCCAUCCUGACCCUUCCAGGGAGGAGGAAGAGGACAACAGUAUAGAUUUACAACAAGGGUUUGAGGAAGGUCGCACCUAAGAGGCAGAUGAGGGUAAAAGUUGGGAAAUCAUGGGAAGAGCCAGAGCAACACCUGGCUGACACAUUGUCAUUAGAAAGCGUUCCAGACCCACCAUCUUCCAGAACCUGGCGAGCCUUAAAAGUAGGAGAGCAAAGAGCUCAUAGAGGAGAUGAUGAGAAUGACAAAUGAGGAAAUGGGAGAGACUGGUGGGCUGGGUGGGUGAAGAGUCACUCGGGACACCACCAUUAUCCAAGAGGCUGGGUUCUAUAGUUUCUCUCUGUAAAGACUGAAAUAAAAAAUGGUCUGUAAGAAACUUUCCCUUGUCUUUAUACUUUCCUGGGCAACCAGCCGGGAGCCACUGACAGUAUCCUGACAGUCCCUUGCAGGGGGAUAUGUGCAUGUACCAACACAAGGACAGAAGAAAGGUGCCAGAGGCAGAGGGUUUCCUUCCCCUGGAAGGGGCUGGAGUGCCUGCAGCUGCACCAGCAUCCUCCUUGUGAGGAACCAUAUAUGUGAAGCACAAUAAAAUGAGGUUUACCCGUAUUUGUUAGUUUGCACUUUGAUUGCAGAUUUGCUAAUUAACUGCUGAUCCGUGCAGUUUGCAUGGGAAAUCCAUUGCUGAAACCACUGUAUGCACAUAUCAACAACAAAAACAUAUCAUAUCAACAACAGAAACAUAAGCAAGAAUCUGAAGAGCUAUUUUAAUCAAGCCCCUCGAUGGUACAAGGUCCAAAACUCCUUGGGUGCAUUACAUUAGUUGUUGGUCUGUGAUCUUUUGGUGAGUUUCAGCACACUCACAAUUCUAAAAUGUUGUAAUCUCUGUAUUCUCCUGUUCUUUCUUUUACAGGAUUUAGAGUUUCAGUUGCCAUCCAUUGUGUUCAUAAAAACCCCAGUGUAUGGCAAGAUCCUGAGGUAAAUAAUUCCUUUUAUAUAAGGGGAAAGAAUAACUACAAAAUCUGCCAAUGUCCUGGAAAAAAGGGACAUCUUGUUUUUCCUUGCAAGAGCACGGUGGCCAUUUUGGGCUCCAUGAUCUUGCGCCAUUUCAUGCUGAGAUCUUGUACCAAAGAAGCAUUUUGUGGGGCUGUGAUCUUGUGUGGUGUCCGAAAAUGCAUUUUUGGGGAGCUGUGAGAGCACAGCCCCCCCCCAAAGCACAUCUUUUGGGCUCCAUGGUCUUGUGAGGGUCACGUGACAUGCAUGGGAGCAUGUCCUGGUUUGGGGUCUCAACAUGUUGGAGGGUAUGUAACUAGAUAGUUAAAUUCAAGCAUCCAACUAUGUUCUGAAGUUCUACAAGGCUCUAGGAUGUACAUGGGCCUCUGUGUGAUGUGGCAAAUGCCCAUUCACGUAAAUCUUCUUGUAUAGGUUAAUUGUGGAUGGUUUGAUUUUAAUGUUUAUAUAACUGGCUUUUAGUCUCUGUAAACCAUAUGGAAGCCUAUACUGCCAUUAAAUAGUGGGCAUUUAUUUGGUAUCUACAUGCAUUUCAAACUGUACUUCCCACAAGCUUGCUCUCAAUUCCCUUUAAAGGUAAAGGUAAAGGGACCCCUGACCAUUAGGUCCAGUUGUGGACGACUCUGGGGUUGCAGCGCUCAUCUUGCUUUAUUGGCCGAGGGAGCCGGCGUCCAGCUUCCAGGUCAUGUGGCCAGCAUGACUAAACCGCUUCUGGCAAACCAGAGCAGCGCACGGAAAUGCCAUUUACCUUCCCGCCGGAGCGGUACAGUUAAUCACUAAAACAAUAGUUAUGCUGCUGUGAUUAAUGAAACAGAUUUAUGUGGCAAAACAUUUUGGCUUCCACCUUAGCAGUUGACAAGAGUGAAAGCUGAAGCAUUUUGCCACAUAAAUAAACCUGUUUUGUUAACCACAGUAACAUAUAUCUAGAUGUGGAUAUAGAUCAUCAUAAAGAUGGGGAAGUUCUGCAUGCUUACUAGCUUUUCAGAUCAAUAGAUCUUGCUCUUAUUUCAGGAAGCUCCAACAUCUGCCUACAAUGGAAACCUAGAGGAUGCAAAUAUAUACACUUCCCCAUCGCACUUGGAACAAUGGUGUUCCUUUUUUAUUGUUCCCUGAACAAUAUGGGUUGUUUAGCUCUCCUAUAAAUCCUUCUCCUCUCGUGUCAAAAGUAAUGCUACAGUUUAGCAAGCAUAAAUCAUUAAAAAGGUACCUAAAACCUUGUUUACUUUAGGUAUUUGAUCCUACAAGAUUCUCAGCGGACAACCCAUCUCAAAGACAUCCUCAUUCAUUCAUCCCUUUUGCAGCUGGAUCAAGGUGAGUCUGAAACACACCCUUUUUAAUAGUAUUGACUUUUUUAAAAAGGAAAAGAAAAGUUUGUUUUGUCCCCAGGCAAGGUCCACCGAGCAUGACUUUAAGAAAUAUAGGAAGAAGAUGUGUGCAACAAAUAUAGAGAACGUUUUGUCUUUCAGAAGGCUGUACAAUUCAUACAGCUCUUUUCUCAGGUUAAGUGUGGGAUUCACAGGUUAGGCAGAAAAUAGGUGUCACCCAUACUCAGUGUGCAAAAGGUCACGGACUACUACUUUGACCUCAUUUAGUAUAGACAGAGAUGCAUUUGAAUUUGAUCACUUGAUGAUAUUCAUAGCCACUUUCCUUUUCCACUCUGAUUAGGAACUGUAUCGGGCAACAAUUUGCUAUGAAUGAGAUGAAAGUAGCUCUUGCUCUAACGCUGCUUCGCUUUGAAAUCCUGCUAGACCCAUCAAAGCUGCCCAUUCCUAUCCCUCAGAUGGUCCUGAAGUCUGAGAAUGGGAUACACCUCUUCUUGAAGAAACUUGACUGA